AGCCAAUCAGAGCGUUACUUUUAAUUCGAUAGCAGUUUUUAAAUAUUCAAUUUGCAAUUGCGAGCUGGAAUUUUGUUAAAUUCUCUCAUUUUGGGCAUCAAAAAUUAAAUUUUAUCGUAUCAUAAUCACCUACAAAGUUGUCUUUUUCAAUUUUUUAAUUUUAUUAAAAAAUUUUCACCUUAUUUACCGUUCCGAACGCAUGAUAAUUGCUAAUCAAGUCUUCUUCUAGUCUUGAAGUUGGCUCAAUUUGCCUGGUUAGCAAAACGUUUAUUAGCCUAAUCCUAAUUAGUGUAAAAGUUAGAAAGUUAGCGGGAGAAAGGGGUCCACGAUAAUGGAGAUGGCUAAUAAGAAGAAGAGGCUCGCAUUAGAAGACGUCUCUAAUGAAUAUGACACCCAGAAAAACAUUGGAGGAAAUAAAAGGGCAAAAUGUCCUUCAAUUGUUCAACCCUCCCUAAAACUCCCAAAUAAAUUAGUGAAACCCAUCAAGACCACCACCACAACGACAACAGUAGCAGUGAGGCCCAAAAAGCGAGAAGCAGUUAUUUUGGGGACCAAAAAGCCUGCUGUCGAAAAACAACAAUCAGCUACAAAGAGAAGAAAGAGUUGCAAUGUAGACAAUUUAGUGAAUCCUAUCGAAAGAUUAACUGUCAACCUAGGCUACAAGGUGGACGAGAGCAAUGUAGCAGCUGGGGUAGCUGUAGCAACUGCAGCAGCUGGGGUAGCUGUAGCAACUGCAGCGACAAGAAGAAAGGCAACUGCAGCUCGUAAAACAUCAACAACAUCAACAGCGGCAACAAAAACAGCUGCCAGCAACCAACAACAACAGCAACAACAACAUCCAUCUACUAAACCAUUCAACGAGCCAAUCCAUGCUGAGAUUGACAGUUUGAUAUCGUCAUCUUCCCCCCUGGCAGAUCAUAAUAACGAUGAAGGUGAUGUUGAAAUAGUUUGUGUACAAUCAAGUGCACAAUUGCAAGACAUACAAGAACAACAACAACAUCAGCAACAACAACAUCAGCAACAACAACAACAGCAACAAGCAUGGGUUGAUGUUGACGUAGGAACCAGCAUAUACUACCUACCUAACUAUGUUAAUGACAUUUUUGAUUACUACAGAGAUAGAGAGGUGAAGUUCCGAAUCCCUGACUACAUGUUCCAGCAGACGGAUUUGACGCCAAGCAUGAGAGCGAUCCUGGUCGACUGGUUGGUGGAGGUGCAGCAAAGUUUCGAACUGAAUCACGAAACCUUGUAUAUGGCGGUCAAAUUGAUUGACAUCUUCUCUUCAAAGGUCACCAUCAAGAGGAAUAAACUGCAACUAAUUGGAGCUGUGGCUCUCAAUUUGGCCUGCAAGUUUGAGGAACGUUGUCCUCCGAUGCUGGAUGACUUUGUGUACGUCUGCGACGAUGCCUACCCCCGACAGGAGUUUCUAAAAAUGGAGGAACUCGUUUUUCAGGCCGUCGGUUUUGACAUCGGUCUACCACUGUCUUACACGUUCCUGAGGAGAUUUGCCACUUGUGGUCGAGCUAAUCUAAAGACACUGACGCUAUCUCGUUUCCUGUUGGAAAGUUCACUGAUGGAUUAUCAAUUUGUCGUCUGCCUAGAUUCCAUUCUGGCCUGCGCCUGUCUAUUUAUAGCCAUGUGCAUGAACCAGGAUGGCAGCUGGGACGAUACGAUAUACCACUAUACACAAUACCGGCCCGUCGACUUUGAGGAGGUCGUGUACAAGUUAAACGACAUGAUUUGUAAUCCACCGGAACCCUCGCUGACCACCAUACUGUCCAAGUAUUCUCACCCAGUUUUUCUUGAAGUUGCCAAAAUUGACAAGUUAACCAACGAACAGUUGAGGGCUGUUGUUCAUUCACUUUGAGUGAGUGAGAGAAUGAGUGAGUGAUUGAUACGUUGGUUGAUUGAUUGAUUGAAUAAUUGAAUGACUGGUUAUUUUGUUGGUUGAUUGACUGAUUAAUUGAGUUUUUCAAAACUUUGUCUACUGGAUAAACUGUUGGAUAGCCAUUAAUGUUUAGUUUUUCCGCCAGUCUAGAUUUCUUUACCGUUACUUUUAAACAAUUGAUCGAUUGAUUGAUUGAUUAAUUAAUUGAUUGAUAGAUUCUAGAUCAACUAUUCAAUUGUAUGAUUGAUUCAGUUAACUCUCUGACUGAUUGAAAGCUAAUAUAGUUGGUUUCUCGACUUUGAAAGAGAAAAUUAUUAUUUGCUAAAAUGUUCUGUGAUACAUAUAUAUACAUAUAUAUGUAUAUAUAGACUCAGGUUCAUUUAAUGUAUAUAUUAAGACACAUAUUAAUAAUGACUUCAUUAAUAUUAAUGACGAAUGAAUAAUAAAUUAAUAAAAAA